AUGGCGCGAGAUCCAGCUCAAGACCAAGACGUAGAGAUUCAGGUCAAUGUGGAGACGGCCUCUGAGAGUCGCCCUAUUGCGCGAGACUUGAAGAUGAUGAUCCUCAAGGAGCUCCUCCACCAGAAUGGCAGGCAUCGUGCUGCCUUUGGACCCCUCCUGAUGAACAAAGCCCAGAUCAUCUCAGUUGCUGACCUGGACAGGACAUGUUUUCCUGAACGCAGUCCGUUGCAAUGCAUGAUUUGGCAUGGUGACACAGAAAUUCGAGCAAGACUGGCUAUACGGAAUCGCCAUGGACUUGCCUUCGUGAUUGUGAUCAACCGAGUUUUUGUCCCACCUUCGCAAGAUCCUUGGGAGGAUGAAUUUGAGGAUGCAGUGUUCUUUCAGCUUGGGCAUCAAGUGAUUUCUCAGAAGGAAGGUCAUGUCAUCGGCUUGAUCGCAGGCAAUCCUUCGUUACCACUACCGACAUAUGUUGAAAUCCUUGGCCCUGUCACUGAUCACUCACUUUGCCAAGAACUUCGACAUUGGGGUCAUCAUGGACCAGCUUUUCUCUUCGGUGAGCAUGACAAGGCGGUUGUGUUUGCGCCCAGUUUCUUUGACAGUGAUGAAGGCUAUCAUUACAUUCUGCACAAUGAAGAUACUACAGAUGAAAAUGGUGCCUUCUUGCACUCAUCGCCGAUUCCUUUGUCUUCGCUGGAGAUCAUGCAGUUUCUCUACAAGCUGGAUUAUUGGCGGGCAGUAGUGCUCAAAUUUGAGUGUCUCAACAGGAACCUGUUUCGCAUUGCUUUCAAGAAUCAAUGUGUUCAAGUACAACCUUCGACUUUGAAGAGCAGGCCCAACACACCGUGGCCUGAACUACAACCUCAUGGAGCGUCUGGAGAUGGUUACUAUGUCAUGGACCAGAACGCGCCCACAGCUCAAAAGCCGGACCAUUUCAUUGAUUUUGGUCUUGGCGAUGCGGACUUCAUGAAUCUCUUUUCAUCACAUCAUCAUGUUCUUAGCCGAGACUGUACGGGCAUGGAGCUGCCUCAAGUCUGUCAGGACGUCUUGGGCAUGUGUGAUGACUCGAUUGACUUCAAAGACUUUGAUCGUCUCGUGAUUUAUUGCGAUGGCUCCUCCGUCAACACGCACAAGUACAAGUCGCCACUUCAAGCGGAAGAGGAAGGAGGAGGAGACACUUGGGCGUUUUUGGUAUUGGGAGAGCGCUAUGACCCCCCAGGUUUGCAAUGCCUGGGAUGGACGGCGCAACCAACGCAUUAUCAUCAUGAAAGCCCCUUCCAUUUGGGGUCUGACAGAGUCGGAGCAGAUCUUGCGGAAAAGGAAGCUUUAGCAUGGUCGGCGCUCUGGCGGUUGAGUUUGAAUUCCAAAAUCCCUACAUGCUUUCGAUCUGAUUCACAGACCUCGCUUGGUCAAGCGCAAGGCACCUUGGGUUGCCAUGCCAACGCAGAGCUCUUUGCCUUUUUGAGGGGUGUGUUUCAGGCGUUGGAAUCCUUCUUACCAGGAGAACAGCUCCACCUCAGUCAUGUGGCUGGACAUGCUGGAGAAGGACUUUGGGUCCCACCACCAGAACUUCCAGGUGCACUUGAGAAUGCUACAGUUCCUGAUGAAGCACUUCCACAAAUGCAUGACCAAGUCAGUUUCAAUAUCAGUUUUUGCACUGCGAAUGUGAACUCCCUACAUCGUGCCCCUGAUGGCCAUGCAGGAAAAGUGCAAUACCUUCGACGUCAGUUCAAACAACUUUGCUUGAUUUUCCUCGGUCUUCAAGAAACCCGGAGUCCUGAAUUUUCAUCUUGUGUGGAUGGAGUAUUGAGACUGGCGGGAGGAUGCUCUGGACAUCAACAAGGUGUAGAGUUGUGGGUCAAUCUUUCUCAACCAUAUGCGCAUGUAGGUGGUGCUCCAGUCUACUUUCAUCGAGAAGAUUUCAGAGUAGUUGUCAAGAGCUCAAGGAUUCUGCUGGUGAGAGGCGAUAGCGCUUAUUGGAGCGGCUGGAUCCUUGUCGGAUAUGCUCCUCACAGCGGUCUCUCUCUCGACGUUAAAGAAGCGUUUUGGAAUGAUCUGAAGGCAGCAGUCGCUCCUUGUGGACCUGGAGAUCACAUUUUUGCAUUGCUUGAUGCGAACGCAUCUCCAGGCGAAUAUGAUGGAGUUUGCGUCUUUCGUGAAGGGCUUGCCUCCUCCUCGAGCACGAGAUUUCUUCGAGACUUCUUGGAGACUCAUGAACUUUGUUUGCCUUGCACCAGUGAUGUACAUGUUGGCGAACUGACGUCGUGGGUUUCCCCUGAUGGGCAACGUGAUCACUGUAUUGAUUUCGUUGCGAUCCCAAGAACUCUGCAAAGGAGAUGCACCAUCUCACAAGCUGUUCCUGAACUUGAUCUUGGUCAUGGAGAUUGGGAUCACAUUGCAAUGUGUGUUGAGCUGUCAUGGGAAGAAACGCAUUUGCGAAGAAAAGCUCAACAAGCUUUCACACUGCCAUUUGAUCCUUCUAGCAUUGACAAGGACAAGGUCAAGCUGAUCCUUCAGGACUAUCAGCCCAUGGAUUGGUGUGCAGACGUCGAAAGCCAUGUCCAACAAUUCAAUCAGCAUGUUUUGGAAGGUCUUUCUUCUCAUUGUCCCAGAGAUCGUGACCGACCCAAGAAACACUACAUUGAUCCAAAGACUUGGGAGCUUCGCCGCAUGAAGCUCAAACUCAAGAAGAAGCUUCAGGGCCUGAGAAUUCGAUCCCGUGAUGAGAAUAAGAUUGUAUUCUUCAAGGCUUGGAAAAAUGUCCUUCAGUUGUCUUCAGAACCUCUUGAAGCUGAAAGGGUCUGGACUUACGCAAAUUCUCUUUUGUGCCAUGGUCUACGACUUGCAGCUGAUCUUCGUCGAACAGCCAUGCAGCUCAAGAUGCUCCUGAAGAAUGCCAAGAAGAAUGAAAUCAAGGAGGUGUUUGAGACAAUGGAUCCGAGAGCUUCUGCGUCUCACAUUCUACACUCCAUCAAGCCCAUCUUGGGGCCUACCAAUUUGAAGAAAAUCAAAAGCGGCACAUUGCCAUUUCUCAAAAAGUCGAAUGGCGAGCCUUGCACGUUGCCGAAUGAAGCGCUUGAGGAGUUCUUGGGUCACAAGGGCGGCUUCCUGCAGCCACUAUGGAAAGGAAAAGGACCCAUCGAUGACCCAGCCUCUUUUAGGAGCAUUCUCAUCUCGAGUCACAUUGGAAAAGCAUUGCAUCGAACGCUUCGCGAAUCACAGUGCUCGAUCUUCGAGACCUUCCUCCAGACCGAGCAAAUCGGCGGGCGCAAGAAGGUUCCUGUCAAUUUGGGUGUGCAUAUGUGUAGAGCGUUUAUGAGGGCACACAAGGCUGCAGGUGACAGUGUCGGCAUGAUAUACCUUGACUUGAAGGAAGCGUUUUAUCGCAUUGUUCGGCAGCUCGCCACCGGUGGCAAUGCAUCGGACGCUCUUCUUGCCAAAGUAUGUGCUCGUUUUGGUCUUCCGGAGGGAGUUCUUCAUGAUCUUCAUUGUCAUUUAUCUCAACCAGCUGCACUUUUGGAUGCAGGACUUCCACAGCAUGCGCGCAAUGCAGUCCAAGCCCUACAUGAGGACACUUUCUUCAGGGUGAAAGGACAGCGUGAUUGCUGUCGCACGGAGCUCGGCACACGUCCGGGCGAUUGCUAUGCGGAUGUCAUCUUUUCCUACAUUUGGUGCAGAAUCCUGAAGCUCUUGCAGGGCGAGCUCCAACGUUUGGACAUUGGAGAAGAGAUCUGCACCGAUGAGGGCAUUCAUGUUUGCGCUGAUCGAGCACUCCCUGCUGGUGUGCCUCGGCCCUUUUUGGGUCCAACGUGGAUGGACGACACAUGCAUCUGCGUUUCUUCAUGCACUGCGAUAGGGGUUGAGUCCAAGACCAUUCAUGCUGCCGGUCUCCUUCUGCAGUUUUGUGAACAGCAUGCGCUUACUCCAAAUCUACAGAAAGGCAAGACAGAAGUGCUCUUUGCAUUUCAGGGCACCGGUAGCAGAAGUUUGAAAAAGAAAUACUUUGGACCACAGUCCGAUCAGUGCAUGCACAUCCUGGCCGAACAUGGACUCAAAAAGAUCCAAGUGGUUAGCAAGUAUGCUCACCUAGGCUGCAUGAUGCAUCACAAAAGCGACAACCGCCACGAAGCUCGAAAGCGAAUAGCGAUUGCCCAGCAGACCUUCACGCAGCAUCAGCGUUAUCUGCUGCGCAAUCCGCAACUCAGUUUGAAGCGCAGGAAAUACAUGCAUGUAUGGCCUGCAAAGAGCGAUUUCGAUCGAAGGGAGGUCUUGGUGCGCACAAUUUCAAAAGAUAUCAUCAAGUUUCUCCUGUCAGGUGAAGGUCCUGUCUUGCCGACAGGUCGAAUGAUUGACCUCUCUCCUUAUGAUUUGGAGCUUAUUGAAGCCAUCUACCUCAAUAUUGUGGAGAACGAGAGCGAGACGAGCAGUGAAGAUGUUGUUCGCUUUGUCAUUGAGAAUCAUGUCAUCUCGUGGACAAGAUGCCGAGAUACGCUCAAGCAGAUGCUGGCUGAGCUGACAUCUGAUGACAUUGAAAUCCUGGCGGAGCACCGGAGAGAUCUGCGAGAUGUUUUGGAGCGUUUGCAACAGCCAGAUGCAUGGACCUUCCUUCAGGAUACGGUGCGUGCCAAGAGUGGUGCUUUGCAAAGCGUUGAGCAUUAUGAAGCAGUUUUUGAACAACAUCUGCACGAUCACCAUGAUCCCAUCUGGUCUAUUCCUCGGCCCAUGGGACGUGAAAGAUUUAUCAUUCACGCGUUUUCAGGCCGACGUCGACCCGGGGAUGUGCAGUUCUUCUUGGAUGGUCUACAAGCACAACCUGAUGGCACGAGCAUCUUCACCAUCUCUCUUGACGUGAUCAUCGAUGAGGAGUUUGGAGAUGUCUCUCGGGAAUCUGUGCGUGACUUUUGGUUGCGCGGCAUCCGAGAGAGAGCAGUCAUCGGUAUGCUUGCUGGCCCACCAUGUGAGACGUGGUCGCAGGCGCGGGGGAAAUCCUUAAGUUCUUCCUCCAAUUUACUACACAGGAAAGCCCCUAGAAUCAUAAGGGAUCGCACCUGUUUGUGGGGGAAAGCGGCCUUGGCCUUGCGUGAGCUAGAGCAGCUGCAUCUUGGCAAUCUUCUGCUGCUCUUCACCAUUGAGAUGCUCAUCCAUUUAGCUGUGCAAGGUGGCGUUGGGGCAAUGGAGCAUCCGGCCCCUCCAAAUGAUGAAGCGCUGGCAAGCGUGUGGCAUCUUUUCAUCAUUCGCUAUCUUUGCGCCUGGCCUGAGUUUCUGAGGAUUGAAUUAGCGCAGGGGCUGUGGGGCGCCACUAGCCCGAAGCCAACAUCCCUGCUGUUGCUCAAUUUGCCGAAAAUGCCACAGGUGUUGAGGAGCUGGCAAGUGACCAAGUGUCUCCCUGGGGCCAAAUCAAUUGGGCAGAAUGAGGACGGUUCGUGGAGAACCUCGCAGCUGAAGGAAUACCCUCCAGCGUUAUGCGCUGGCCUGGCACAAGGCCUUUUUGAAGCCAUCAACGACCAUAAAGUUGAUUCGGCUCUCACCAUGGACGGAAAUUUCAGGGCACAGGCCAU